AUGGAGGAUGCCCACGUGGCUUUCAUGCAGGAUUCCUGGGGCUUCUUCGGCGUUUUUGACGGCCACGGCGGCCAGCAGUGCUCCUCUUUCGUGGCGAGACGCUUGACGGAGGAGCUGAAGGCCAUGAAGGCCGUGCCGCCCGACGACGCCAGUGUCAAGUCCUUGAUGCUCAGAAUAGAUGCGGAAUUUCUGGAGGCCAAGCAGCCGAGCGGCUCCACCGGAACCUUCGCCUUCGUGGUGCCGGAGGGGGAGAAAAUUCAGCUGCGGGUGGGAAACAUCGGCGACAGCCGGGUACUCCUGGGCCGUGCCGAUGGCACUAUGGUAGAAGGCAGCGGCACGGAUGGCGGGCUCACCACAGACCACAAGCCAGACAACGAGGUGGAGGCAGCACGCAUCAAGCGGACCGGCGGCACUGUGCAGGCCAUCAUGGGGGUGGCCCGAGUGAACGGAGACCUCGCAGUGAGCCGCGCCUUUGGGGAUGCCCAGCACAAGCAGACGGGCGGCCCGGGCCAGGAAGACCAUCCGGUCUCGGUGGAGCCCGAAUUCGCGACGCUGAGCUGCGAUCGCUCUGACUUCCUGAUGCUGGUGUGCGACGGUAUAUCCGAGGGCAACUUUCCCAAUCGGGAAGUGGUGCAGCUGGCUGCCAAAGAGCUCAAGACUAAAGAGCCAGCUCAGGCUGCGGCCUCAGUGUGCCGACGGGCGCUGGAGAGCGGAUCUAUGGACAACCUGUCCUGCAUGAUCGUGUGCUUCGACGGCAAGGGUGCCGGGCACAAGAAGGAGCUGUUGCCGGGGCCCUUCACGGAGCCCACCCACGGUGCUUUUCGCAAGGCCUACGCUGGCAUGGCGGAGCGUGCCGGCUUGACCCUGGAGGCUGCAGUGGAGCAAAGGUACAACCUUGUGCGCAAGAUGGAGCAGGAAACCAACCACAAGGAGAACGGUGAUGCCAAGCCGAAGGAAGACAAAGAGAACGGCCAGGAGGAGAAGGGGCCGGGCCUCGAGCUGCGCCGUGAGCUGCGGGUCUUCGAUGGGGGCCCUCCGGAGAAGCUGGAAGGCGAGGAACGGACUCGGUGGUUCAAGGAGUGGCAGCACGGAGGUGCACCGAACCCCGGACCCCAACUCCAUGACGCGCGAGGAGCUUUUGAAUUGGGUCGAAGAAGAUCCCAGCCUUUUGGCGAUGGCGCAGGCGCAGGGCUUAGUGGGCCCCCGUGCCCUGCGCCGUGUUCGGGUGGUCACGGCGGAGAAGCUGCGACCCGCCAUUGA